CAAAGGAUUACAAUGGUUCCCGCAGGUGAGAACAUGAGUGUUUUCUCUGCAGCUGAAAUCUGUCCCAACUGCAGCUCCUCCACCUACCCAGAGGUGGAUGUAAUCAAAGCAGUGAUUUUGGGGCUGGUGCUGGGGGUGUUUGUCAUCUUUGGGGUUCUUGGCAACAUUCUGGUCAUCCUGUCCGUGGCAUGCCACCGUCACUUGCGCUCUGUGACGCAUUACUUCAUUGCCAACCUGGCGGCAGCAGAUCUGCUCCUCAGCUCAGCCGUACUGCCGUUUUCUGCCACCUAUGAGGCUCUUGGCAGAUGGGUGUUUGGCCGGUCUUUCUGCAACGCCUGGGCUGCCCUGGAUGUCCUCUGCUGCACUGCCUCCAUCCUUAGCCUAUGUGUAAUUUCUGUUGACCGCUACCUGGCUGUCAGCUUCCCUCUGCGUUACCCUGCCAUAGCUACAGGGCGGCGUGGCCUGGCUGCAGUUGUCGCUCUCUGGGGUCUCUCCGCAGCCAUAUCUGUUGGCCCUCUAUUUGGCUGGAAGGAGCCAGACCCUGAAGAUGAGACAGUGUGCCGAAUCACAGAGGAGCCAGGAUAUGCCUUGUUCUCGGCAUUAGGAUCAUUCUAUAUACCCCUGGCCAUCAUUCUGGUCAUGUACUGCCGUGUGUAUGUUGUGGCACGGAGGGAAACACGAGGACUAAGGACAGGCAGGAAGAGGGAGGGCAUGGAGACUGAGGAGGUGAUGCUAAGGAUUCACCGAGGGAGCUCCCCCGUGGCAGGAAAGCAGCAGGACAAGAGUGAGGAGCGGGUCAUGAGGCAUAGACGCACCACUUUUGCUCUAAUGAGGCGGCUGAAGAUGUCUAGAGAGAAGAAGGCAGCCAAGACCCUUGGAAUUGUUGUCGGGUGUUUUGUUCUCUGCUGGCUCCCUUUUUUCCUGGUCUUGCCCAUAGGAUCCAUCUUCCCAUCCUGCAAACCCUCUGAAACCAUCUUUAAGAUCACCUUCUGGCUAGGUUACCUCAACAGCUGCAUUAAUCCCAUUAUCUACCCAUGCUUCAGCCAAGAGUUCAAAAGGGCCUUCCACAAUGUUCUCCGUGGUCGCUGUUUGAGAAUCGCAGGGCCAGCCGCCAAACCACAAGGACCUAACACUUCCUGCUCCUUGAGCGCAGGCCCCACAUCUAACACGUCUGCUCUCUCAAGUCAACCUCGUGAUGCUGCUCCCCCGUGGUCCUGCUGCAGGGCGCUCUCGGCCUCCUCAUCUUCGCUUAGCGUUCCAGAUCAUGAGCAGAGCGCAAAGGUCCAGAGUAAAUCCCUGCUGAAGGCGUGGUGUUUCACAGCUAGGGAAACUCCAGAACCGCAGGACCCCCCCUCUCAUGGAUCAACCAAAAUGCUACGUCUUUCCCUUGGAGUCACAGGAGAUGCUGUUUAA